UUAAACAAGUUUGUUUUUAUUUACCUAAAUCCAUGGCAAAUUCAACAGUCGUAAAAUAAGAGACAUCUAGAAGAUUGCCCAACACUGGGAUUGAGUAGUUUCUCCCAACUUUUGUUAUUUGAACCGUAGCGAGUUGUACGUUGCAUUACCUUCGAUGGCUUAGAAACUUCGUAGGCUAAAUAGAUCCCAGCGAAGAGCCUGGAAAUACUGGAAAACCACUCUAAAUACUCAAAAGAUCCUCCCAAAAUACUCCAUUAAUGAAUUCGGAAACGAGAGACCCGGAUUUGAGAAAGGGCGAUGUAGAAAGACCGCACUUUGAGGCAGUGACCACAUUGGCGGACUCCCAGGCGAUCCGGAGCGUCGACUUUCAUCCGAAUGGAAAGUUGUACGCGGUGGGCUCCAACUCGAAGACCUUUCGCAUCUGCCAGUACCCGCAGCUGUCUAAGUUGAGACAUGGCCAGCAGACGGUGUUUCCCCCCUCGGUGCUCUGCAAGCGGACAAAGCACCACCGGGGAUCCAUAUACUGCACCUGCUGGUCGCGGGACGGGGAGCUCAUCGCCACCGGAUCGAACGACAAGACCAUCAAGUACAUGCGGUUCAACAACGAGACCAACCAGCUGGUGGGCCACGAGAUGGAGCUGAACAUGCAUGACGGCACGGUGCGGGACAUGUGCUUUCUUGACGACGCGUCCACCAAGUCCAGACUCCUGGCAAGCGGCGGGGCGGGCGACUGCAAGAUUUACAUAACAGACUGCGGCGCUGGCACUCCCUUUCAGGCCUACGGUGGCCACUCCGGCCACAUUUUGUCGCUCUACAGUUGGAACAAUGCGAUGUUCGUGUCUGGAUCUCAGGAUCAAACAAUACGCUUCUGGGAUCUGCGGGUAAACGUUUCUGUGAACACCCUUGACAACGAGCGGAAGGAUGGUGGCCUGGAAAACUCGGCUGUAACCGCAGUUUGUGUGGACCCCACGGGAAGACUCUUGAUUUCCGGACAUGCUGACAGCUCCUGUGUGCUCUUCGACAUCAGAGGAAACCGACCCAUCCAGCGCUUCUAUCCCCACAGCGCAGAGAUAAGAUGCGUCCGUUUCUCCCCAUCCGCCUACUACAUGCUGACUUGCAGCUACGACAACUCGAUUAGGCUGACGGACUUGCAGGGAGACCUGGCCCACGAACUCUCCUCCGUGGUGGUGGCAGAGCACAAGGACAAGGCAAUCACCAUCCGGUGGCACCCAACCGAGUUCUCCUUCAUCUCCACGUCUGCGGACAAGACGGCCACGUUGUGGGCCCUGCCGCCCUCGUAAUUGCCAAAUUACGCCCCAUAAACGGCUUUAAUAUAUCGUUGUCAAUAUUGUAUUUCUGCAGAAUUGUUCAGACUGAUCUAAUUUAUUAAACAACAAACCGAACGCUAGGCUGAAAAAUCAGCUAGUUAAUAAAAA